AUGGCGCUAACCAAGCUCUCCCUCCUUGCGGGCGUCGCGGGCGUCUCCGCCCUUGUGUCGGCGCCGGUCGGAGCCACUUUCCAGAAGCCGCUCGGACUUGAUCCGGCCGCGACCAGCUUCAACUGCGACCUGCCGCCGGUGCUGACUCCGGCCGGCGAUGGGCUGCCUUCGGGCGAUAGCUUGUUCUCCUCGGACGAGGCGCUGCUCCGGCAGGUGAAGCGACACCAGGCUAUCGUGCACGUCCCGACAAUUUGCUACGACGACCUGGGCGAGUUUGACGAGGAUAAGCGCUGGGCGCCGUUCUACGACCUUCACGCUACAUUGGCCAAGACGUAUCCUGCCAUCCAUAAGCGCAUGACGCUCAACAAGGUCAACACUUUUGGCCUCGUCUACACCAUCAAUGGCUCAGACCCAUCUCUCAAGCCCAUCUUCCUCGCAGCGCACCAAGAUGUGGUCCCCGUCGCCGACGAGUCAACGUGGACUCAUCCGCCGUUUGACGCCUACUUUGAUGGCGAAUGGCUCUGGGGCCGGGGAGCCUCCGACGACAAGAACAGCCUGACUGCUCUCAUGUCGGCCGUCGAGACGCUCCUCUCCAACCCCGACUGGUCGCCCAGCCGGACCCUCAUCAUGGCCUUUGGCUUCGACGAGGAGUGUUCGGGCUACAGGGGCGCCGGCCAGAUUGGCGACUUCCUGACUGACAAAUACGGCGACGACGGAAUCGCGCUGAUCCUCGACGAGGGCGGCCUGCCGAUGCAGGUGCUCGGCGACGACACGCUGUACGUGUUCCCGUCGGUCAUGGAGAAGGGCCAUGUCGACAUCUGGGCCGAGCUCCACGUCGUAGGCGGACACAGCUCCAUCCCAUUCCCGCACACGGGCAUUGGUAUCAUGGCGGAGAUCGUCACCGCUCUCGAAGCCCACCCCUACGAACCCGAGGUGUUGAAGGGAAGUCCCGUGUACAACCACCUCGUUUGUGUUGCGCGCUACUCGUCCAAGGACGCCCCCGUCAUCACCGAUCUCCUGCGCAAGGACGACAUGGAGAAGCUCACCUCUGCGUUUGUCGAGGCGGGAGGCGAUGGAGCGCGAUACAUGGUCCAGACGUCGCAAGCAAUUGAUAUGAUUCAGGGCGGGCAGAAGAUUAAUGCUAUGCCGGAGGUUGUGACCCUCGGCGUCAACUACCGUGUCGCUCCCCAGGAUAGCAUCCCGAAGGUACAGCACAACAUCGUCAAGUACAUCGACUCCGUGGUGCAAAAGUACAAUCUCAGCGUAAAGGCGUACGAGGGUGACGAAGACUAUGAGAAAUACGUCUCGGGCCUUGCUCUCGAGAAUCGCGACGCAGCAGCGGCCGACGUCAACUACCACGGCACUCUGGUGCUCCGCGCCGAUGAAAAGUCUGCGAGCACACCGGUAUCGCCGACCAGCGGACCGGUCUGGGACGUCUUCUCGGGAACCAUCCAGCACGCGUUCGCCUUUGACGGAGGAAAGGUGGUGCCAGUUGGAGAAAUCAUGAACGGCAACACAGACACCCGCCACUAUUUGAACCUCUCCCCUCACGUCUACCGCUGGACGCCGUCGCGCGAGCGCGGGUCGGAGAACAUCCACACCAUCGACGAGCGCGUGAGCAUGGACUCGCACAUGGAAAUGGUCAGCUUCUACUACGACCUGGUGCGCAAUUUCGACGCCGCCGAGGCGUAG